AUGGAAACCACUACUACUGUGCCACUUAUCAUCGAUGGCGAGGACGUUGUCCUUCCUUCCCGCGAGAGAUGGAUGGCAAUUCCCAAUAUUCGCAGUUCUCCUUCUUCCUUUUUCCAAGGUGCGACCAAAGAGCUGGCGAUAAAAGCUGCAGAAUCCAGUGCACAUGCUUUCACCGUAUGGUCCAAGACAACACCAGUCAAGCGACGUGAACUCCUUCUAAAACUUGCCGCGCAACUCUGUGAUGAAGAAGUUCAUAGCGGCGCACUUUGGGCCGAUGUUAUCACUAAUGAUAGCAUCGGCAUCAUUGAGGAGUGCGCAAGUCUUACCACCUCAAUAACUACCGGCUCUAUCCCUUUCACUCAAGGAGAGUCCUAUGGAUUUGUUUUUAAGGAGCCCCUUGGAGUCAUCUUAGGCAUUGCUCCAUGGAAUGCUCCAGUAGUUCUGGGCUUCCGUGCAGUUAUCGCGCCUAUCGCCGCGGGCAAUGUUGCUAUCCUGAAAGGGUCUGAGCUCAGUCCUCGAAUCCAUUAUUUGAUAGCAUCACUCUUUCGGGAAGCGGGCUUCCCUCCUGGUGUGGUCAAUUUUCUUCUUCAUCGCCCUGAGGAUGCCCCAGAAAUUUUCGACAUUUUGAUCAAACACCGUGCCGUUAAAAAGUGCAAUUUUACAGGGUCUACGCAGGUCGGUCGUAUCAUCGCCAGUCAAGCAGCAAUGGCACUGAAGCCCGUCUUGCUGGAACUAGGAGGCAAGAAUUUUACCAUUGUACUGGAGGAUGCCAAUCUAGACUUAGCAGCCAAAGAAAUUGUCAAGGGUGCAUUUUUGAAUAAUGGUCAGAUUUGCAUGUCUACUGAUCUAGUCAUUACCACAAGUGCCAUUGCUUCUAUUCUGGAGGAAAAGAUUCUCUCCAUAGUACAAAAGAUCGAUUGCACCUCUACAGUCAUCUCGCCGGCUGCCAAAUCCAGACUGGACAUGCUGGUGACAGAUGCCCAAGCUAAGGGAGCGGAGAUUUACACCGCACCAAUGCCAUCGACACCACUUUCACCUCAUGACUAUCUCCCGACCGUCAUCACUGGCCUCACUAAGGACAUGAUUUUCUACGAGACAGAAUCAUUCGGACCAGUUGUUGGUAUGGUAUCGGUUGAUUCUGAAGCGGAGAUCAUUGAGAUCGCCGAGCAGGCCACUUACGGCCUAUCAGCCUCCAUCAUCUCCAGUAACCACUAUCGCGCGAUGAAGUUGUCUGAGUCUAUCAAGGCAGGUGCUGUUCACAUCAACUCAAUGACUGUGCAUGAUGAGCCAACUUUGCCUCACGGAGGACAUGGCGAAAGUGGCUGGGGCCGGUUUGGGUCUAAGUGGGGAAUGGAGGAGUUUGUGCAAACCAAGACUGUCACCUUACAUCCGUGA